AUGUGGAUACAGAAACUCAAAGAGCCGCAGUUUCAUCCAGUCAACUGUCUGUCUCGACAACCGCAGGUGACAGCCGAGUCACGAUGUAAGCUAGUCAGCUGGCUCAUCCCCGUACACAGAUACCUGCGUCUGUCCUUUGAGUGUUGCAGCCUGGCCGUCAACAUCAUGGAUCGCUUCCUGGCUUCCACCCCCGUGGCUGCUGACUGCUUCCAGCUGCUGGGGGUCACCGCCCUGCUGCUCGCCUGUAAACAGGUGGAGGUGUUUUCUCCUCGGAUCAGCCAGCUCCUGUCUCUGUGUUGUGAUGCGUUCUCCAGAGAACAGCUGUGUAACCUGGAAUGUCUCAUCCUGCUCCGCCUCAACUUCCGCCUGGCUGCACCAACCAUAGCCUUCUUCCUGGACUUCUACACCAAUCACAGCCUGGCUGGCCGGCAUAUGGGCGUGGACGGAGUCAGCAACGUUAGCCAUAGGCUGCCUGGGGAUAAGGAUGAGGAAGUGAAGAGGCGAAAGAGGGGCAGCAGAUUUGCUCUUAGGGUGUGUGAGCUCACUCUGGCCGACUACGCCUUCAAUAAGUACACACCUUCCCUGACCGCCCGCUGUGCUCUGGCUCUAGCCAAUCAACUGCUGAGAACCAGCCAGGGCCUAGAGGAGCCAGCCAAUCAGCUGCUGAGGAUCAACCCUGAGGAAGAGCCAAUGGACCAAUCCCUGAGUGAUCCUGCCCACUCAGAGAACGACCAUUACCACCCAACCUUAUCUGAGACUAGUAAUCACACCUGUAUUGACAAUGACUCCUCUCUUUCAGUUGUUGGUCACCUCCUAUCUGUGAAUGACUCCACCCAGUCAAUGGAUGACCCUUCUCCAUCUGGGAACACGUCUACCCUGGUUGAGGGAGACCAGACUCAUGCUCCUCUGGCCCAGGAGUGUAGAGAGGGAGACCACCAGACUCAUACUCCUCUGGCCCAGGAGUACAUUGAGGGAGACCAGACUCAUGCUCCUCUGACCCAGGAGUACAGUGAGAGAGACCAGACUCAUGCUCCUCUGACCCAGGAGUGUAGAGAGGGAGACCAGACUCAUGCUCCUCUGACCCAGGAGUGUAGAGAGGGAGACCAGACUCAUGCUCCUCUGACCCAGGAGUACAGAGAGGGAGACCAGACUCAUGCUCCUCUGGCCCAGGAGUGUAGAGAGGGAGACCAGACUCAUGCUCCUCUGACCCAGGAGUGUAGAGAGGGAGACCAGACUCAUGCUCCUCUGACCCAGGAGUGUAGAGAGGGAGACCAGACUCAUGCUCUCUACCAAGAGUGUUUAGACAACCUUAGAUUGUUGGUGUCACUCAACCAGGAUGCCCUGCAGGCCACGAUAACUCUGUGA